ACGUCGUCAAAGUUGAAACUUGAGAAGUUGAGAUGUCCAAAAGGGACCAAAAUCAAACCAAAAUUAACUCAGCUGUCAUCUUCCCCCACGCUACUACCCAAGCCCCCUCCCCCACGUGAUUCCUCCCUCUCUUUUCCGAAUCUUCUUUCUCAUGUGCUUCUGCAUCUCUUUCUGUCUCUAAAACCACCCCUCCCCUCCCUGGCUCUUUUCCAACGAUACCAGCUUAACAGCUAUAACCAAUUCUCAUUCCGCAGUAAAUGUCAGUGUCUUGCGGUGUUGAAUGUGUAGUUCUGCUCGGCUGUUCCCGUUGGGCAUGGAAACGCUGCACCUACGUUGGUUCACACGACAGUGAAAGCUGGCCAUUAGCUACGCCCGACGAGUUCGAACCUGUCCCACGAGUCUGCCGUUUGAUCCUAGCCGUCUACGAAACUGAUCUCAAAAACCCCCAGUUCCCGCCCGAAGGCGGCUACCGUCUCAACCCAGACUGGGUCUUGAAGCGGGUCACCUACGAACAGACCAGCGGUCGUGCUCCCCCUUACAUCAUCUACGCCGACCACGACAGGAAGGAAAUCGUGUUAGCAAUCAGGGGGCUCAACCUCGCCAAAGAUAGUGACUAUAAAUUGCUUUUGAAUAACCGGUUGGGAAUGCAGAUGUUCGACGGGGGUUAUGUUCAUCACGGCCUGUUGAAAUCGGCGGUUUGGUUGUUGAAUGAGGAGAGUGAGACGUUGAAGAGAGUUUGGGAAGAGACAGGGAAGGAAUAUGAGAUGAUUUUUGCUGGACACUCGUUGGGGUCCGGCGUGGCAGCGUUGCUGACGGUUGUGGUGGUUAAUCACAGGAAUAGUUUGGGUGGGAUUCCGAGAAGUAAGGUUAGGUGUUACGCGAUGGCGCCGGCGAGGUGUAUGUCACUUAACUUGGCUGUUAAGUAUGCUGAUGUUAUUCACUCUAUUGUGUUGCAGGAUGAUUUCUUGCCCAGAACAGCCACCCCCUUGGAGGAUAUAUUCAAGUCAAUAUUCUGUUUGCCCUGCUUGUUAUUUCUUGUUUGCUUGAGGGAUACCUUCAUACCAGAAGGUAGAAAACUUAGAGAUCCAAGAAGGCUUUAUGCACCUGGACGAAUGUAUCAUAUUAUAGAGAGAAAAUUUUGCAGAUGCGGGAGGUUUCCUCCGGAAGUCAGAACAGCCAUUCCUGUAGAUGGGAGGUUUGAACAUAUUGUCUUAUCUUGUAAUGCAACAUCUGAUCAUGGAAUAAUCUGGAUAGAAAGGGAAGCAGAGAAGGCUGUAGAGAUUAUGAGGGGAAAAAAAUCAGAGACGAUAACUGUUCCCCCCAAAAUACAGAAACUGGAGAGGUUGCAGACCAUUGAAAAAGAACACAAAGAUGCAUUGGAGAGAGCUGUCAGUUUGAAUAUACCUCAUGCUGUAUCGACAGCAGAUGAGCCUACAGAGAACAGGGAAACCGAAGCAGAGCUUGCUGAAACCAACGAAGCAGAUACCCCAGAAGUCAGGUCUGAGUCAAGUUCUAGAGGGACUAACUGGGAUGAGGCGGUUGAAAAAUUGUUCACAAGGAGUGAGUCAGGCACCCUAAUUCUAACGAAGGAAACCGAUACCCCCCAAUAGCCAACUCUUUUCCUUUCCCCCCAUUUAUUUUUAUCAUUUUUUUCAGCAUUGCCGGUGAAUGUAUAAUUUGAGUUUAAUCUUUUGGGUCCUUUUCUUUUUCUCCCAUUACCAAUAUUUCUUGAGUUUGUAUAUUGUGCCAUGUAAAAUGGUUUUUAUCUUUCACAGUUACACGUAAAACACUGGGUUUGUCACCCAUUGAGAUCAUACUACUACCAUUUAUUAUAAAGAUACACAUCAAAUUUUAGAUGAGAA